AUGAGCACAGCUUCCGCGGCCUCCAAGCCAACAGCUUCUCGGCUGCCGUGCCUCUUUGAUCCGAGCCAACCGGUCAAAGCCCUAUCAGUCGCCUUCUGGCUUUGGAAAGCUAUACUAUUUGUUGCUAUAGUCAGCUGCCCGGGGCUUGGCUAUGAUACCUCCUCAAGCCUCCUUCCGCUGCUGGACAACGGCUCGGCCGAAGCCUUAUCAUCGCCGAGCAAGCAUGUGUCCCUACCGAUCCCGCUCAAGUUCGCUCGGUGGGACUCGAUCUACUUUGUUCACAUAGGGCAGACUGGGUAUGUCUUUGAACAGGAAUGGGCAUUUAGUUAUGCGUACGGUUAUCUAGUCAGGUCCCUGUCUUCUUUCGUUCCCCCCUCGUAUGAUUCAGGGGGAGCAGCUGAAUUUGCAGUCGCCGGCGUUGCGCUGUCACAUGUGGCCCAUUAUCUCUCUGUCUUAGUCCUGUACCGACUCUCUAUCAAUGUCUUUGGUAAUGACACCGAAAGAAAGAGGCUCCUUUGUUUCCUCUCCGCGGCGCUGCAUAUCAUUUGUCCUGCCGGGGCAUUUCUCUCUGCGCCGUAUAUGGAAUCUCUCUUCUCAUUCCUCAACUUCACCGGGUUCUACAUCUACUCAUCCUCCUGUAUUGACCUCCUCAAGGAAAAGCAGUCUUUGAGCCAUGUAAAGCUGCUCAUAACCGGAUGCCUCUUUGCGGUAGCUACUGCCAUACGCAGCAAUGGCAUUCUCAGUGGAAUCCUCCUAGCAUAUGAUGCUUUCGCACAAACGUACAAAAUCAUCACUCGGCGUUCAUUUGGGGCGAUCGUUCGCUUGGGUUUUCUUGUCCUGAGCGGCAGCACUGUUGCCCUAGGCCUUAUGAUUCCUCAGUACUUUGCGUAUAUCGCGUACUGCAUGAAUGAGGGUGUUUCUCGGCCCUGGUGUCAGUCAUUUAUCCCCAGUAUUUAUGGCUGGGUCCAGGCUCAUUAUUGGGGCGUGGGAUUCCUCCGGUACUGGACAGUGUCCAAUCUCCCUCUUUUUCUACUCGCCUCGCCUAUGCUGCUUAUUCUUUUUCUGUCCUGCUUCUGGGGCUUGGGUGCACCCGUACCCUUGUCAUUCAAGACACCUAUCAAAGCCCGUAUUGCUAUACCGUCUGGCCCCGCGGCUACAUUACUUACGCAGCUUGCUAUAGUUCAACUCAUUCUUGCAACAAUGGCACUAACUAGUUACCACGUCCAAAUCAUCAACAGGAUUUCGUCUGGCUACCCGUUGUGGUAUUGGUACAUUGCCUGGCAGGCUUUGGGAACUUCGGAUCGCUCCUCGUUCAGGAUCAAAUAUUCUAGCCAGUUCAUGGUGAUUGUGCAGGCUAUGGUGAUGUAUGGACUUAUCCAGGGUGUUCUUUUUGGCUCUUUCCUACCUCCGGCCUAA